GCCAUCUCUUGCGGCCACGGGCUUAGUUUCUGAAGCUUUUGCCCUAUCGAUUCCCAUCGGGCUCCUCGGACAGCUCCACUGCCCAAGAGAGCUGCAGAAAGUACAGACAGACGCCCUGUUUGGUCUUCCCCACCCUUCGGCUCUUGCCCCCAGUCCCUAAUUCCCGGGCCUGACCGGUACUACGCGUUUGCCGGGCCAGGCCAAAUCAUGAGAUAAUGGGGGAGGAGGGUAACCCCGACCCCGGAACCACCUCUAAUAAGCCUAAUCUUAAGUUUCAGAAUGUGAAUGUGGGCGCUGCCCCAGGCCCUGUGCCUGCUCGUCGUCAUUCCAAUGAUCACAAUAAUCAUCAUGCAGAAGACCGCUCAGCUCCCUCAAGGAACCGGCCUGCCAGACCCGCCCAGCAAUCUGGCUCCAGGAACUUCGAGUUUGUCCUAGUCACUGAUCAUGAGUCCAAGCGCCAGGUCCGCCGCCAUGCCAUGCGCCAGUACAUGCAUCAGCGGCGCUUGGACAGUAUCGCGCGAUUGGGGACAGCUCGUAUACCUGGCGGUGGUUGGACCCCCCGCUCCCCGUCUGACUCUCAGGUACCCGAGUCCUCCCCAUCGCUGGUGGAGGAAAUCCAGGAUGAGCCUGCUAUCAAAUCCGAAAAGGGUUCGCCGAGUAGCGAAGAGGACCAUCCACCGCCUGAAAAGCCAAAGGGACCUUCGCGAUUGCUCAUCCCUAAAUUACACAAGGUCAAACGUGAGGAGAAAUCGCCUCCUUCCUCACUGGCUGUUCAAAAGCCUACACCUAAGGCUUUAGACCCCCUCAUUACUCCUGGAGAAGGUUCCGUUCGAGACCCGUUUAGCUGCUAUCCAAUUCCGGUUAGCCAUGCAGAUCAUGAAUUGAUCCAACAUUUUGUGGUCACGUACCCAUCUAUGAUGUAUAAGUUUGCCGAUUCGAUCGCGAACAACCCUAUGAUGGAGAUAUUUCGGCAGUUUGCCUUGCACGAUGGCCUGCCGUUCCAGGCCAUGCUCGCCAUUGCUUCGAAGCACCGUGCAGGUGUCGAAGGCAAAACCGAGUCCGUCCAAAGUUUGACCCAUAAGAUGCGAGCGCUGCGGUUGAUGAACGAGCGCAUCCAAGCAGACUCUACUGGGCAGUAUGACGGAACUAUCUACGCUGUUGCCACAAUGGCUGUCAUUGAGAAAUGGUCCAAGGAUGCAUCCAUAGAACGGAUGCAUUUUAGAGGAUUGGCAUCGAUGAUUAGAAGUCGCGGAGGAAUGCAAGGCAUGCGGAUCUCUAGCCCCUUCCUGGAGAAGGUGCUCUAUUGGGUGGAUUUUAGUUGUGCCUCAAAGGCCAUUGUCAGCACCUCUCUACCCUGGACUGGUGCUAUCUCGGCUACUCCUCCACUCGACUUCCUGGAUCCGACAAUUCACCUUGCAGUACCCCAUGACUCAACUACCGCAGAAGACUCGGAAAGUCUCUGCGAAACUUUUCGCGCCUGCGAAGACUUUUUAAGAUUCUUCCGCCGUCUCCGCGAACUAGAACGCCGUGCCCUAGAUGCUCCUUACACUCUCUCACCUGAUGCCAUCCCGAAGCGCAUCAACUAUUUCACACCCGGCACGCAGCUCUACACGAUUCUCACGAUGCUCCCUGACUACGAUCAUGGAAUUCGGGAUAUCCGUUUUAUCGACGAAUACACCUGCAUGGCCUGUCUCUUCUUCCUGGCCAUUGCUCUCCACGAUUGCUACCUAAACUCAACCUCCCUCGACCCCUACAUGGAAUGGCUAAGCGUGGAAAUCAGAAAAAUGAAUCCCUCCACCAACCCUAGCAUCACCUCCGUCCUCUGGCUCUUCCUCAACAACGGCGGCUAUCCGCCAAAUUACCGCGGCGACACUGGUGCCCGGUGCUGGAUUGUUUCCCGCAUGGUCCGAGUUGCCAAGCGCCUUGAAUGGAAACGCCACGGCACGAUCUGGGACCGUCUCCGCCAAGUUCUCAUCGACUUCAUCGUCACUCAACAAGAAUGCGCACUCGGAUGCGACCAAAUCGACGCCGAUACUCUGGCCACCCGUCAACGAAAACGUCUCCUUCAUGUCCAGGACGACGCCUCCCCUUCUUCAUCUUCAUCUUCACCGGAAUACUUCUGGAACGAGGCCCAGAUGCGUGAAGAUAUCCUUAAUUUUAGUUUAUCCUCCAUCACGACCCGCGAUGUGGGUGACGAUACUACAAAUAUACCUGUUUUCACUUGAGUAAUCUUUUUCUUUCUCUUUCCUUUGGCCAAUCCCUUACGCCCUAGGGCGUAUAUGUAUGCUGCUUGCUCACAUCGCAUCAACCUCAUUCAGUUGCAAGGCGUUGAUUUCAUGAAAGAGGGAAACCCGGGACCCUACUGGA